GUCCAGCCCAGCGCUUGCGGUCAUCAGGCCACCCAGGCUGGCAGGUGCCUUUCCCUGCUCGCUGCUCUUUGCUCUGAGUUGCUCUAUUAGCCCUGUUCCCGGGGUGGAAGCGCCCGUCUGCGCUUCUCGGAAGGCGUGAAGGAAGAACCAAGACCUAGGUAUCUGGCUAAGGUUUCCAGAGCUGUUUUGAGUAAAGACAAAUGUUUCUGCUGGGAUGAUGUAACCAGAGGACCCAGGUCUGGGCAGACUCGACCAUGGGAGCCAACACUUCAAGCAAACCACCCGUGUUUGAUGAGAAUGAUGACGUCAACUUUGACCACUUUGAAAUUUUGCGAGCCAUUGGAAAAGGCAGUUUCGGGAAGGUCUGCAUCGUGCAGAAGAGUGAUACCAAGAAGAUGUACGCGAUGAAGUACAUGAACAAACAAAAGUGUGUGGAGCGCAACGAGGUCCGAAACGUCUUCAAGGAGCUCCAGAUCAUGCAGGGGCUGGAGCAUCCUUUCCUGGUUAACUUGUGGUACUCCUUCCAGGAUGAGGAAGAUAUGUUCAUGGUGGUGGACCUCCUGCUGGGCGGGGACCUGCGUUAUCACCUGCAGCAGAAUGUCCGCUUCCAGGAAGACAUGAAGCUCUUCAUCUGUGAGCUGGCCAUGGCCCUGGACUACCUGCAGAGCCAACGCAUCAUUCACAGGGAUAUGAAGCCUGACAACAUUUUGCUUGAUGAACAUGGGCACGUGCACAUCACAGACUUCAACAUCGCUGCCAUGCUGCCCACGGAGAUGCAGGUCACCACCAUGGCCGGCACCAAGCCUUACAUGGCACCCGAGAUGUUCAGCUCCAGAAGAGAAGCAGGCUAUUCCUUUGCUGUUGACUGGUGGUCCCUGGGAGUGACGGCAUAUGAGCUACUGAGAGGCCGGAGACCGUAUCACAUUCGCUCCAGCACUUCCAGCAAGGAAAUUGCACACAUGUUUGAGACGGCGCUUGUGACUUACCCUUCUGCCUGGUCACAGGAAAUGGUGUCACUUCUUAAAAAGCUACUGGAACCCAACCCAGACCAACGGUUUUCUCACUUGUCUGACGUCCAGAACUUCCCGUAUAUGAGUGAUGUGAACUGGGAUGCAGUUUUGCAGAAGAGGCUCACCCCAGGAUUUAUUCCCAACAAAGGCCGGCUGAAUUGCGACCCCACCUUCGAAUUGGAAGAGAUGAUUUUGGAGUCCAAGCCUCUUCACAAGAAGAAGAAGCGUCUGGCCAAGAAGGAGAAGGAGCUGAGGAAACGUGACUCAGCUCAGAAGUGCCUUCUUCAAGAGCACCUUGAAUCUGUCCAAAAGGAGUUCAUAAUUUUCAACAGAGAAAAAGUCAAAAGGGACUUUAAUAAAAGAAAAGCAAAUCUAGCCUCGGAACAAACCAAAGACUCACAAGAAGAGGAUGGCCAGAAUAACCACCUCUGAAGGCUUCAGCAUCUCCUUGGCACAUUAGCACGUCAGGAAGACUGACGGGAAUUCGCACCUCUUGUCACCUCACACACCUUAGAGAAUGUGAAGGACACCUUUGGAAGGAGGCAGCAUGAAUCAGUGAUGGUCCCUGGGCUCCUGGGAACUCGUUUCACUACCAACGGGUGUGACCUUAAGCAAGUCACUUCACCACUUUCUCAGCUUCCGUUUAUUCAUCUAAAAUGAGAAGGUAAUACUAGAUGAGCUCUUCACUGCCUUUCCCACCACCAUCCUGUAUCCUCAACAGCCUAUUUUUAUUUAAAAAGGCAUAUGUGGAUGUAGAUUUAUUUUUCCACUCCUUCUAAUUACACUGUGAUGAAUGGACAAACGAACAUAAGUGGGAGACAGAGUGAGGCUCUUUGGCUAGGAAAAAAGUGGUUAGAUCCCCAAAAGUGAUGGGAAUCUCCAUGCCUGAGUGACUAACAGUAAGGAACUCAUUCUGGAAGAAAUGGGCGGGACCAUAUUAGAAGGGACACAGAUUUAUGAGGGGCUUUGCAUGGUGCGCUGAAGUCAGAACAGCUCCUGUGCACAUCUGUCCCAACGCCCUGUACAGUGACAUGAAGUUGGGAGGUUGUAGUUGGUGAGGAUGGAAGUAUUUACACCAUAGAAAUUGGCAGAUGCUAUAAAUCAGGUUUUUGUCCCCCCUCCCAGCAAGCCAGUUGUGGAAUAUUUAUUAGCAUACAACUGGCCUUCUUCUUCAAGCUUGUUGCUUGUGGGAAAAUUGUCCCCUUAAGACUACCCAAGACCUGUGUCUGGAGAGGAUCAGAAAAGAAUAUUGUCCCGUUGAAAGCACAUUCACCGAUAGUACAUUGAAGUUGUAUCUUAUACAGGAGUUAUAGUCUAAGUUAGAACAUAAGGUGACUCUGGAAGAUAGCAAAAUUUACCCUUGAAAAAUCCCUGUAAUUUUAUGACACAUGGUGUUUAUCUUUUCUUAAAGAAUCCCAUUAUCACAGGAUCCUUCACUAAUGAAACGAGUCAUCUUUUUUGGUUCUGUAUGUGUGUGUGAGAGAGAGAGCCUUAUUUUUGACUAAUACCAGAUGCACUAAAAUGUUCAACAGAUUAGAUGUGCCUUUAUAGUCUGAAUGACACUUAGAACUGUGGGAUGCUCACGCUUAGAACUGAGAGGUCCAAGGUCACAGAGGCUGACUAAGGGAACAGCAAUGCCUACUUGUGCUUACUGCAAGAAUGGUGAGCAGAACUGCCUAUUUAAAAUAGCAUUGAUGUUUUCCUUUCUUUGUAUUGUAUUUAUCUGCCAAGCACCAAAUUUAAUUCACCUAAGUUCUGAUAGAACUCCACUCUCCUGAUACACAAAAGAUCUUUGCAGAGGAACUGUUUUUGGCAACUCACAGAUGCCAGUGGGUAGAGUCAGGAAUGACCAGGGUUGGGGAAAUUGUUUCAACUCUUGGCCAGUCAGAUCACCUAAACCUUGUCCUUACUUAUGGACAAGGGGGCAACAAGAGAGACCAGUUAGGAAACCAGACAGGUGGAAAGGUGCAGAAGUCAUGGAUACUGCUGCCAGCUACAUAGGACUUUUCCAGAAGCUCACACUGGGCUGACUAAACAUAGGGAGGAAACCAGUGGUAAACUUCAACUCUCAAUUUAUGGUUUUCUCCUCACAAAGCUAAGAGGCCCAGAGCUUCUGGCCUUGAAAGCCUGAAACAGUGCCUCUCUACUUUAAGAGUAGCCGUAUUUUUGUGAAGAAUUAAGAGCCAGCUCUUGUGUUCUGUUUGAUUCCUUUCCUUUACAUGUCCCCGAAAUUAUCUGCCUGUGCUAUUUUGAUUUCCUCCAAACACUAUCAAUUCUGACUCACUUUCACCAAGAAAGUGGAUGGGUUAACAAGCACUAAAAGAAGGUGGCCAGAUUCUGUUCCAGGUUGGAAACGAGCAGGGUCCAGGGCCACUUGCUUCUUUACCAACUGUUGUCAUCUGUUUGGAUUCAAGCCCUGAUGUGCUGUCACCUCAUCUCUGCAGUCGCCUGGUCCCUCCUUUUUCUGUGACCUUGUAUAGAUCAGCCCAAGGGAGAGAUUUGGGCAAACACGUACCCAAGUGCAAUGGGUUUGGUCGGAUCUCCACUGGGAUGGGAAUUGUUUGUGCCAUUUCUUGUCUAUACAGUUUAAAUGGAAACAGGAACCCCGCCCAACCUCUGUAGGUUGAACCCCUAGUUUUUACUCCCAGUGACCUGCAUCUGUGCCUACAGCACCUUCAUGGGCUGUCAGGAACCAGGGACCCACUGACUGGAGACCACAGCCUCCGGGAGGUGAGAUGGAUUUCUAGUCCUAACCAGGUGACAGAUCCACAGUGUAAGUUGGAAAAGAAAAAGCAUUGCCUCCAUCACUGCACAGAACAGCUGAUUCUAAGGACCUCGCACCACUGGACAUUUGGAGCCUUAGGACAAAAUCUUUUUUCAAAAAAUAAAAGGAUGGCUAAAUUCCUGUGAUUGCUAGUUGUUGAAAUCAGGCCCCUUUGGUUUGACUCUCUAACUUGGGCUAAAACCGUCUCCCUUCCGGUGGAACAUGUCUCAUUUACGUUUGUGACCACCAAGGCUCAGGGCUAAGAAUUUUAGAAAACAGGGUGACUCUUUGACCCUUUUGUCUGGUGUUUCUGGAAGCUUUUUCUCCUCGCAGCUUCCUUCCUUACCUGGAACAUCUGCAAAGUCUGAGCAGGUGCCCAAGACUGGGAGGAUCCUGGUUCUAAGACUCUGGGCCGCCCAGCCCACUGUGUCCACAGGGACAGUUCGUGGUGGGGAGGGGUGGCCCUGUGACCUUGGCCAUGGUCCCAACUCCAAGGGAGGAAAUGCUUGCUAAUGGCUCACAUCCCAAAGGGCAACACUGCUUUCGGCUGAGGGCAUUGCUAGGGCAGGAGUCAAUGUCCAGCUACAUGGAGCACCGCUCAGUUAAUCUGGGUAAUUUAAUAGUUUGUGGUUAUGCUGCUUGUGAUAGGAAAAUUUUAACCGGAAACGACUAGACGUUAAGUCAUCGUAGCUCUUCUAGACUGGAGGGAUUGCGAAACAUCUAGGGAGAACGAGUGGGUUAGCCCAGUAGCAGGGACCAGUGUUCCUGCUUUUGGCUGACACAGCAAUGCCCAGGCUUGCAUUCUUCCAAAACCAAACGAAAAGGCAUGAAAAACAGGCUUUUCCGUAUCCAGUCGUCCCCACGUCCUGUCAACACAGAUUCCUGUUUCCUAGAAACUCUGUCUGUCUGUGAUCACUGUCUCCUCCAUUCAGUGUCAUAUCAGACACAUCAAUAGUAAAAAACCCAAACCCCAGUUAUCUGCGCUGUUGGGAACGGACGGCCCUUGGGUGGGAAAUCCAUGCUUCUGCUGAGCUUAGCGUUUGUACCGUCAUUGUGCCUGUGUGAAUUAAAGUGUCUUCUCUACACCCUAAGCAACUGACCCUUCUUUGUCAGCCGUGUGUGUUGGGGGGUGAAUAAUUGUUCCCCCAAGAGGGAGGGGUGUGGGUUCCUGGAGUCACUUGUUCUUAUUUCCACUUCCUGCUGUGAGGGACAUCCUUCGCCAGGGACAGCUGGUGUCAGACACCCUGUUCUAGAACCAUGGGAAGCAACACAGUCUCGCUGAUCCACAAAACAGAAAGGAAGCACAGCCCAGAAUUCUGGACUCUGUCUUUCACUAUGACCUGAAGGACAGCCCACACAUCUUUUUCCACGCUACCCUCCCACCCCUCAACAUCUUCAUCCUGUUCCACACACCCAAGCAGCAGGUGCACGGUCCAAGGCCCUUGACUCAGGACAGGAAGGGAACAGACAACUCUGACCUCUUGCAGCCAGAAGCAACCUCUGCCCUUGGGGACAACUGAGGGAACAUGCAGCUACCUCUUGGACCCACAACAGCUUGACAGUCAGCAGCUUAGCUGGUUUUCAGGAUCAGUUCUCGUCAGUCUGGUGGGCUCCAAUCCUGCAAACUAGGGGCUGUUGUCCAGGUCCUGUUCUCAGCACCCUCUGAGCACAGAGGAGGAGCUAGACCCCCUGCCAUUCUGAGGAACGCCAGCCUUAAGGAUGAGAUCUCACUUCUGCUGGUUGCUUUGGCCUAUGCAUGCCAUUGCCUGCUCAUAGCUGGUGUUCCCCUUGUGAUGGCUGGGUGGUGGGAGCACAGGUGAGUCCAGAAAGUUCACUGAAACCAGAGGGACCUUGUUAUUCCUACUCAGGGUUCUCAUUCCCCCCUCCCCCGCUGAUGUGACUCAGCCCUGAAUACCUCCAGCCCCCAGAGGUGUGGCUAAGUGUGAGAAUUCCACGAACUUAGCAAAACACAAAAGCCCUGCAGGCUGGCCUCAUUUUAAGCUCUGAGCAUGGCCUUUAUACCCACACAAAUCCUAAGCAGAGCUCAGUUGCUGCCACAGACAAAAGCAAGAAGAGGUGCUUCACUCAUCCUGAGUUCAAGCCACAAGAUGGGACUACAGGCCAAAGCUUAUUCACCAUCAAACUCCGAACGUCAAACUGAAAGAAUUCUUUAUACGUUCAGAGCAGCUUCUGACGUGGUUUCUGAGUGUCUGUGUUAAAAUGUAACAUCAGGAUUUCCCCUUGUGGCACCGCAACUGGUAUCCAUGUGGAUACAGAUUCAAUCCCUGGCCUCGCUCAGUGGGUUAAGGAUCCGGCAGUGCUGUGAGCUGUAGCAUAGGUAUCAUCACCCCAGGUUUCUGGACUGAUGGCAUUUUUCUGCCAAACCAAGAGAGGCUCAUCACACAUCAAAGCAAUUCCAUCCCCUCAUCCCCUUCCCACCUGCCCCAGCCUUGACCACAGGUACUGUGCUGAGCAACACAUUCCUGCUCUGCAGGCUUGACAACAGUGCCAGUGGCCACCUGCUGCUUACCUGCCUGAGGUGCACACCACCCUCUUCUAGGAUCACAGAUCGAUUUUCUUUGAGUUAUUUAGGGUCCAUGUGGUUCAGGGGCCAGGCAUGUGACCAGGUGUGGCCAAUCGUUCUCAGUAUCUGGGACACAGUGACUGGGUCAAUGGUGAGCACGUGACCCAGCAGGACCAAUCAGAAUCCACCUCCUUAGUCGGCCCAAUGCAGAGAUGCUCCCUCCCCCUGAAGUUAGGAAGCAGCAAAAUGCAAACCUGAAGGUGUCAAGGGCCCGUUUUGCUCCUACAUGGAAAGAAGCACUACUUCAGCAGGUGGGGUGAACAGGUGGAAUGAGACAUCCUAGAUCCCAUCUGCUUCAAACUAUCCACAUCUAUCCCUGAAGUUUUCAGUUACAUCAGACUUCAAAAAAAAAAAAAAAAAAACCUUUUCAGAAAGGUUUUCUUUGCCCAUAGAAGCCUAACAUUUGCAACGAAAGAUGUCCUACAUAAAAUCUCACUGGAUCCAGGAGUAUUUCCCUGAAAGGUUUUAGUGUAACAGGUUCGGUGGAAUGUUGAAGGGUGCGCAAACGUUCCAGAGUCAAAAACAUGUUGGAGAAGCAUGAGUUGGACAGAUUUUGAAAGACUCAUAAAACUUCUCAGAUCCUUCCGCGUGGUGAUACAUACUUCGAGUCUCCCAAGAGUAGACAUGGUAAAUGAUCCAUUCCCAUACUCCCUGGACUCCUUGGGAACAGUUUCCUAAAAAAUAUGCUUUGGAACAUGCUUUGUUUGCAUUUUCUCAAAGUUUAGACUUUUAGGAAGAAGCAGAAAACGCUUUAAGGAGAAGACAAAAACAAACCCCAAAGACCCUUUCAGGAUCUCUUCUGAACUCAAUUAGCUUAAUCUCAAAUGGCAAUGGCUUUUACAAGCAUACUAAAUCUGAUGACUCCUUAAAAAAAUCUUUAGCUACUACCCCCAAGUUCCAAUAAUGGUCCUCUAACUCUGUGGCCAAAACAAAAAAUCAAGCUCAACUGCAAAGACAAACUCCCCACAUUUUCUCACGGUGACGGUGUGCAUCAGAUGCGCCCGUCUUGCUAACCCUGUCUGCUCCGCUGGGCGGUGCUCACGCUGCAGGUGGAAGGGCGCAAGGCAGAAGAAGGCUAGACAACGACACGGUGGUUUUACAGUUAUUUUAAUAACCAGGUUUACAUUAACAGUCACUGGAGGAACUUUUUUCUUAAUCUCAGCUAAACUCAAAACACAGUUUUCUUCACGGUUCAAAGCAAACAGCUCUUGGCGUUCCAGAGCCGCCUCACAGCUACCACGGGUCACAGGGAGAUUUACUGUCUGUCCAUAGUCACCAGACACAGAACCGAACACCCACACACCGUUGCCAAAGGGGGAACUUCCAGGAAUGCUGGCUGCCCAGCACCGCCCACGGGGACGCAGGGACUUGAGCUGGAGUUUUCCAGGGGGCACAGCCUGGGAAGCUUGUGACAUGAAGCUGCUGGGGACGGCUUCUGCGAGGGGAGAGGGGGUGCACGUCCAGGCUUGGGAGGCAGGCCUUGGGAGCAGAGCAUGACUUUCUGUGUGUAGUCAUGCAGAAAAGGGCCACAGGGUGACUAGACUUGCAUGAACCGAUUUUCUGCCUAACUACAACCCGCCAGCUUUAGAAAACUCAGAGAAGGAAUCUUCCCAGUGGGGUGGCUGAUUUAACAGUUCUACGAAUACCUUCUCCACUCCCCAAGACAGUGGCCGUGCCAGAAAGAAACCCCGAAGGUGGCUCCAUCUGGGUUUGGAGUAAUGCGAGAAGGCCGAGGGCGGGGGUGGAGGGGAAAGAGAGGGGCGGGGCCAAGAGAUGAGACAGCAAAAGCAAGCUGGGGUGGGGGGAGGUGGAAGAUCCAGCACGCCCUUCGCACUCGGAGGAGACGCCAGGGAACCCAGAGGGCUGUGCCCCACCCCCGCCCCCACCCCCUCCGCAGGUUCUCUGCCUAAACCCUGUGGACCCGGCUCUUUGAUUGGGUCUCUUGCAAGAGGGUCCAUUUGAAUAUAAAUUUCAACUUAAGUAAUAAGGAACUAGAAAUCAAAGUCCCGAAAAUCGUGGGAGUUUUCUUGGAACUCUCAGGAAUGUCUAUGCUCGGAAAGUUACUAAGUGAAGAAAGGGAGACUUUCUCAGAUGAGGGACGUUGCCUGCCGCGAAGGCAUGAAGAGGGGGUUCCCACAGCAUGGAAACCUUGUGUGGAAUAUAAAGUUCGGGUUGAAGGUUUCAUUCAGAAGCCCCAAGUGCAACCCAUCUGGCCACGGACCAUCUAUUUUCAUGGCACAGAGAGGUCAUGGGAGGAGGAGCUGGACGCAGGGUCUGGGUAAGAGCAGCAGCGGACGGCACGCGUACAAGUGGAUGCUCGGACUAGCGUUAUUUAAGCGUCUCUUCCUCCAUCUGGUGGUUGUGGCUGGCACUGCAACGCAUCCUGCCGCACAGCCCAGCCAAUGAGGUAUAUAAAGAGGCUGCAGCUGAUCCGCUCCCUCUGCCUGCAAAACUGUCAUAGUAGUGAUUUCUGCCAAAGGCUCCCCAGUCUCUGAGUUAUAAAUCAAGAGCUACAUCCUCUCCUUCAGUUAAGUUUCCCUUAAAAUAAAGGCACCAUGAAAAAGCCUUAGAAAUAGCAAGACUCCGUGUGUGAGGGGACAUAAUUUUUUUUUUUUUUUUUUUGUAAUGACUA